UUCCCGCGACAAGAUGGCGGCUCCCAUGGAGCUGAGCUGCUGGGGAGGCGACUGGGGCCUGCCGUCCCUGCACCCGGAGUCUCUAACCGUCAUGGCUUAUGCCAAGUUUUCUGGUGCUCCCCUGACAGUGAAUACUAUAAAUAACUCUUGGAGUGCUCCAAUAGGAGGUGUACCAGUCCUGAUGUCAGAAGACACUGUUAUUUCUCAGCCAGCAAAAAUCCUAAACUACUUAAGAAAACAGAAAUAUAAUGCUGAUUAUGAAUUAUCUGCAAAACAAGGAGCUGACACACUGGCAUACAUUGCACUACUUGAAGAGAAACUGCUUCCUGCUCAGCUGCACACUUUCUGGGUUGAGGCUGAAAACUACUGCCGUGUGACAAAGCCAUGGUUUGCCUCAAGGUUUGCCUUUCCACUGAGUUUGUAUCUGCCUGGAAAGAUGUCUAGGGAAGCGCUGAACAGGAUCUUACUGACCAGGGGAGGGCCUCCACUCUACAGUCUCACUGAAGUGGAAGCACAGAUAUACAGGGAUGCCAAGGAGUGCCUAAAUCUCCUGUCGAAGAGAUUGGGAACAUCUCAGUUUUUCUUUGGAGAUACGCCUACCACCUUGGAUGCCUUUGUGUUUGGUUUCCUUGCACCGAUUUAUAAAGUGUGCUUCCCCAGAGUACAAUUACAAGAACAUUUGAAACAGCUUCCUAACCUGUGUCGGUUCUGUGAUGAUAUUUUAACUUGCUACUUCAGGUUAACUGUCUCUGGCCAUUCUCCGGCUGAACAGGAUACAGCAGAUGCUAAUCUGCAGAAACUCACACAGCUUGUAAAUAAGGAAUCCAACUUGAUUGAAAAGAUGGACGACAACCUUCGUAAGAGUCCUCAGCAUCCUCCUCGAAAGCUAACAACACUCAAGCUUGCUGCGGGUGGGGAAGGCGGCAGUCCCUCAAAUCGUUUGUCACCUUGACAACUUUUGUUGCCCAUACACUUAUUUGCCUUCAACUCAGCACCACUGUAAAUUGUUAACACUUGAAUGUUCUUUUUGCAAGGGAAGAAUUUGCUAAUGGGUACAAGUAGGGAAGAAAUAAUGGCUUUACAAUCUCCCAUCUACCUGUUAUUUUAAGAAAUAGCUUAGUUUGGGAUGACCACACACAAAGCUGAGGCUAAACUAAACAAGAAGCUUAUUCCUGCAGCUGUUAAAAGUGAUUUUGUACAGUAUAUUUUUUGCCUUUAGCCUAGCAGAAAUGUUGACCAGAAGUUAAAAUUGCACGUACGGAAUGUUCACCAUUAAUUUAUUUUGUGGCUUUUGAUUUUACCAUAAUCAUAUUGCUAUAUGUUGAGUGGGUGUACUCUUGUGUCUGUCUGAAAAUUACAGAGUCCAGUUGCAACAUUGGUGAAAAGACUGGGAGAAAACAAUGAAAUAACUGCCCUUCAUGGCAGCUGAAAAAUGAAAAGCAAUGAGAGGUGGUUAAAUAUUUUUUAUUUAACCUUCGCGAAUGCUCUUGGGUCUUGUGUUUUAAAGUCGUUUGUACUUUUGUUGUACUCUGAGGGGGAUUUUUGAAAAGCAUGUGCACUGUUGGGGAUACAAUACUGUACAAUACUAACAUUUCACAGGUACCUGGCAUUAGCCCUAUGUGGAACAGGUUUAACCUGUGCACAAGGUAAUGCCAUAUGCUGCAAAACUGCUACGUCAAAGUCACAGAGGAGUGGUAAUGGGACCAAGAGGUUUGAUGAGCUCCUCUCAGGACAAGAGACUUGCCUAGCAAACAUACUGCAAACAUACUCUGCAUUGAAGGGAGCUGGCUGGCAACUUUGUAAAAUAGAUGAUGUGGGCUUUUAAACUUGUCACAGAUGCCUUGGAAUUGAGUUUGUCUUUUUUUAUAAGCACUACAAUUAAUUCAAAAGAUUAAAUAGAAAAUGUCCAACUUUUUAUUGUUUGCCUGUGUAGCUCAGACAGUCUUUUUCAGAGUUCUUCUGUCUCUGCAAACUGAAACAUGGUACAGCACGUAUUUCUUCUCUUUGGGUGCAGGAACAGGUUGCCCAGAGAGGCUAUGGAUGCCACAUCCCUGGAAGUGUUCAAAGCCAGGCUGGAUGGGGCUUGGAGCAACCUGGUCUAGUGGAAGAUGUCCCUGCCUGUGGCAGAGGAGUUGGAACUAGAUGGUCUUAAAAGUUCCUUCCACCCCAAACCAUUCUGUGAUUAAGGAGUUACAUCUCGUUAUAUCUUCUCUUAGCAGCAGCCUUGCUAGUUCAAGAGCUCCCAGCAAUUCUGUUGUAAAAGAGAUACUAUAAUUCUCUACAGCAACACAUCCACAGAUGCUUCAUGAGUGGGUGAAAGGAGAAGUAGUCAGGGAGACUGGCCAAAAUGGCAGUGCUUGGGAUAGAGAUUUCUCAUAACUGCAUCCAUGAGAUGACUCUUCUGGUUUUUCUCCUUUUUCUGCCCGAAUGGAAAUAGUCUUUCAGCUUCCAUUCAUUGAUUAGUCAUGUUGGAGAUACAUAAAUUAUUUCCUAUUUAUAAAGACAAGACUGUAGAUUGUGUACAUACUGUACUUUCAGACUUGAUAAGUAAGGAAUGUAAUAGCUUUAACAUAUCUGAAUUACAAUUGAAAUGUUGGGUUUGUAAUGAGCACCUUAAAAUAGUGCUUAAGCUUCAAGCUCUUAUUAAGGGAUUGGUUUCAGCAAUUUGAAAUUAACCUAGCUCGUACUCACUGCAGUUGUAUAAAUCGGCAGUCUGUGACAUGUAAAAAUAAGUUAAAUGUUUAACUUUAUUACUGCCUGUAUCUUGACAAAGUUUAAAUGAGGCAAGUCACACGGCUUUUCGGAGUCUUUAAUUUAUAAGCACGGUUAUGGGUAAUAUGCCUUAGCUUGUUGCUUUUGUGAAUAUGUACACUCAAUCUUGACAAUCUCUUUGUAAAAAGGUCAUUGUUCCAGAAUUAAAGUUCUGGAUUUUCAGUCGAGGUUUGGUACUGUUUUUUAUGGAAGUUAAGGUGGCAUUUUUUGAAUAUUUUUCUUUGUUGAAAGGUUUAUCUUGCCUUUAAAAAAGGAAAUGGCAACUACUGACUGUUGAAAGAUGAAAUUGUGACAGUUUAGUGUAUCCAUGAGGUCAGAUUUUAAUCACAGCUUUCCAAUACUAAUCUUCCUUUCAACACUAGUGUUUUUGGGAAGGUGGGGAAUGGGGCAGCACAAGUUCUAUAAUCUCACAAAACUAGAGCCUCGGUCUGUGUGUAGGCAAAAAUUUGACAAACCAAUACCUGAGUAAGUUCAUUCACUGGCUGGCAGCAGGGCUAGAGGUCACAGAGUACAUUGUCUGCAGUAGUACACACCAUC